AAGCGGAAUGAAGUGAGGGAUGAUUGUGGAUUCACGGAAACUGUCAAUGUGUGUAAAUAAAGAAUAGAAAGGUAAAAUGGUAUAAUCAAAGUUUUAACUUGGAAGAGCUAAAAGAUCCUGAUUUAGAAAUUAGCUAGAGCAGGACAAAGACAACUUCAUCGUGACAAUGAAGCUUCUAGCUUUUGAAAACAUUGCAUCAUUGCAAAUUUAUUUACAAUGAAAAAUGUAAAUAGGUGAGUCAAUAUCAUUGACUAAUCAUUAUUGUCAUUAUUAUAAUAAAACAUUCAUGUCAUUGACAAUCAUAGUCAUAAUAAAUCCUGAAUAAACUUCGGUGAAAUAUAAAAGUACAGCCUACACAUAACAAAAGUCAAUUUUUAAAAAAAUAAAACCCUCAUAAUUUAUAAUAUAAGAUGAAAUAUAGUUUUAGUAUAGCAACAAAAACAAAAGUGAGUUUGUGCCACAUUUAAAAAAAAAAAAAAAUUUAAAGACUAAGUCUAAGAAUAAGAUGAUGGGGGUACAACAAUCAUGAUUUAGAACUAAGAUGAAAAUUAAAAAAAACAAAAAACAUGUUAAUGUUAAAAAUUGCAAACACCCCCCUCGGAUGCUUCUCCCUCCCUUGAGAAAAUAAAUUAAUAAAUGCAGAUAUAGAAACCAACUGUAACUGGAAACAAAAACUACUGAAUUUAUCAAAGACUUUAUAUUAUGAUCACAAACAUUGUAAAUUGUAAAUGUAUGACUAGUCUUCAUGUUGAUAAGCCUAAUGCGCCUCUGUUGCAUACGGUAGGCCCUACUACAGGAAUUGUUUAAUUCAUUCUAUAUUAUAUUAUUUUGUAAUCAUCAUCACCUCGUCUAACCAUUCAGCGCAAAAAUAUCAGACUUUUCCCUAUGUGCUAUAAUUGGCAUCACCCCUCCCUGUCUUUUGGUAACCACUCAAAUUGGCUGCAUCUAUUUUUUGUUUCAGGAGCAGGUAGCACUUAAAUUUCUUUUGGCCAAAAACACAUCAUUGGAGCUAUUCUGAAUAUUUGAAAUUAUAAACAUUGUUAGCAACAAACUAUCAAGGCCUAUUAAUGGUUUUACAUUUUUUAAACAAAUAAAUCUUAGAUAAAAAAAUUGUUAAAGUCAAUUUAUUUUGACUGCCGCAUCCCCCUUGUCAAUAAUUGUCACAUUGUUUCCCCGAUCCUUUAUGGUUCAUCAAAAAUUAUAUUAAUUUUAAUUAGAAUAUCUGAGAAAGAAGAAAAAAUAUCCCUCUUAAUCAUGGUAAAGAAACAAAAAGAAAAGAAACUUAACUUAGUGUUUCAUUACUUAUUUUAAGUUAAAGUAUUAAUUUUUUUAGGUUAUGAAAGCCAGACCAUGAAUGUUGUCCAUAUUGGUAUUAGUAUCUGUAAAUAUUAUUUCCAUUUAAGAAUGCAAUAAAAUAUUUAACCGCUCUUUUUGCAACCGGACCGGGUGCAGUGUAUAAAUUGGAUAUCGCUAAUGAGUGACCGGUUAAAUUAGUUUAUUUUAUUAUUACCCUAUAUACUUAAGAUUCUUAAGAUCAAACAUUUUUUCCUAUAACUACAUGUCCACCAUGUUAGACAGCAGAAGUAACCUGAAAUAUAUAAGGCUCAGUAUAAAUAUCUCAUUUGGGAGCAUUGUAUCAUUAUGAUUUUUACUAUUUAAAAACACAUAAUCAUAAGAUAAUGUAUCAGUAGAUAUACUAUAUGAACAAAUUAACUUAACAGAGCAAGAAAAUAAUACAACUGUCUAAAAAAAAAAAGUAUUAGCAGAGGCGCAGUGUAUCAAUUUGAACAAAACAGUUAAAAUAUGCACUCUAAAAGAGUUUUCUACACAAUAAACAGUCUUGGCCUAUACAUGAAAGGAAAGCUCGCUGUAAUCUCUCAUUAACGUAUGCAAAAAAAAAAAAAUGGUUGGCUUGUAUCAAUAUGAUCAGACGCGCCCGACGGAAGGUUAAGAUGUACUUCAUUAUACUGUAUUUAGAAAGUUUAAAACUUUUAACAUUUCUAUUUUUCACAGGUUGAAGAAAUCUUGUAGUAGUUAAUCUUUAGGAAUUCUGAGAAAAAAAUGAGUGAAUUGUCAAAGUUACUGUAGGGGUAUUUAGGUCUACCUAUUCAUCAAACCUUGAAAUCAAGUUUGAACUUCAUUUUAAUUACUGAAGUUAUCUCAAGGUGCAAUAAAAAUGAAUUACUUGACGGGCACAACAAAAAAGAGGACUCAACAUGAACAUCAUGAGAAAAGUGAAAAUCAAAUAAUUCCUGCUUCAAAGCCUAAUACGCUCGAUUUCGACUUACAAACUCCCAAAAUAAAAUCAAGGAGGUUGUCAUACAGGGAUCCUCAGCCUUUGGCAUCUCUGGAGUUUUUGGAGUCUAUUAGUGGUACAUUAAAUUCACCUUCGACCUGUGACUCACUAGGAUCUGAACAUGGAGGCUGGCCUUUACCCAACUCUGCUCUAAGCUCUCCAACAACUGUAACUUCCCCACUGUCUGGUGACAGUUUGGGUAGUUUAGAUAAUUUAAUUAAGCAUACAAAUUUGGAGUCGCUGAAAACUUGUGUGCUGCCGGCCAAUGACAGUACUUAUUUAAUUUCACCUAAAGAGCAAGAUGUAAUCAAUAAUAAUCUAAUUUUACAAGAAAAAAUCUUGCAGCCCCUAUCUAAUCAUGAUUUAUGUCAUCCUGAAGUAAGUGUCAAAUCUGCAAAUCAGUUGUCUUGUGAUGAAAUUUCAGGAGUGUCUUCUGCACAACAUGAACAUUUGAAUGAGAAAAAUAAAAAAAUAUGCUUAGAAAAUAAAGACGUUAUAAACAAGAACUAUAGUAACAAUAACAAUUUUAGUGAUUCCUUGUAUGAAUUACAAGAAUCUCAUGAAGCCAACACUGACCUUGCAAAGUGCAAUACAUGUUUUAAAAAUCCUGGUCAUCAAGCUUUCUUUUCUCUAAGUGAAUUAAUGGUAAGUGAAAAUUUAAUGACACCUCUUUUAAAAAACCUACUUUUCCCUUUUUUCUAUAUUUCUAUAAGCAUUACAGAUGUUAAUAUUGGUUUCUAAACUAACCGAUAAUUUGGAUAUAACUGAUAAGCCUUAGUUUUUUUUAAUUUAAUGAUCAGAAUUUUGUUAUUCAAUCUCUUUCAACACAAGAAUAGUGGACUGGAAGAAGAGGUCCAUACUGAGAACAGGAUUAUCAUGAAGUGUACUUUUAAGAAAAAACAAGUUUACAGCUAAUUCAACAUGAAGAAUUAUGAAAAUGACAGACCAAAUAAUGAGAGAUUGGCUUAUUUGAAAAUUUAAACAUGGUAAAUUUAAAAUGCAAGUUAUCACCUUUACAAUGAUUCUUAACAAUAAAAUUCCUGUUUAAAUUAUUUUAUAUUAUAUUUCAAUUUAUUGAGAUGCAUAUCUAUUUUUAAUCUUAAUAGGUAAAAAAUCUUCCCCUUGAGAUUCAGCAUGAGGACAGCUUGACUUUCUUCAACUGUGUUGCUCAGCUGGUGGUACAGAUUUCUGUAACAUCCACCAGUGCAGCUCGUGGACAUGAUGAUUCAUACAGCAAAUACAUUGGCACAAACAGAAGGAGAAAUGGCUCUGGGUUCAUAGCCAACGUGGAUGACCAUUUUAUGAAAUUUAGAUGCCGGAGAGAUGAUUGCCCAUUGACAACUGUGGGUGAAGAGGCUUUAAACGUGAAUGAGAACAGCACCAGUCCUCCGACGCGACAGUGUUUACGAAAUUCCAGUAACAUGAGCACCUCCAGCACAUCAAGCAGUGCUGAAGAGGGAAGUUACAAGCAUUUUUUUUAUAGUGGCGUCUAUAUACACACCAACAAGCAUAUCAUCUUUGACAAAUCUGAGGCUGACAAUGCUACAGUCAAGUUUUUCUUUGACACGCCCGAUGAGAAAAAAGUUGUUUAUGGGCAUGUUGCUGCAAUUGUUGGUGUCAAUGAUUCCCAAGACCACGUGACCCUGCAUGUUAUGUCACAUGACAAAGACUUGUUCAACACUCUUGGAAUUCUGAUUAAAAAUGUCAAAUCCAGCUAUAAUCAAAUGGUCAAAAGCACACAUAAAACCCAACAAGUUCAUGGGAAGAAACAUCAGCACAGCUGGGUGGCCAUUAUAUCACAUGCCCACGGUAUGUCUAGGUCUAUCACUCUGGGCCGCAUCAAGAAAGAAGUUCUUGAUGGCACCAGGGUCAUUAAGUACUAUGAUGCUGCCACAUGUCCUGAAAGUUCUGGUGGACUUGUCAUGACUCCAUCUCUGUUACGGCUCCAGUGGCCUGGAGCAGUCCAUAGUGCUUUUGACCCAGAUACUGGCUUAAAUGUGACAAUGGAUUCUAGAUUCCCUGAUUUAAAUGUUCAAGACAUGGGCAGGAUCAAUGAAUCAUUGGUUAAAAGAAAAGAUUCUGCUGAUAAUUUACUUAAUCUAUAAGCCAAAAAUAUAAUAUAUGUCUAAAGAUGGGACAAUAAUAUAAGUUAUAGAAAUAUGAAAUACUUUUACGUACCCCAGUUUAAAUUAUACAAAAAUUAUUAAAAAGAAUCAGCAUUUUUGGGAAAUAGUAAUAUGAAGAAAGCAUUCUACAGUUGAUGAGUAAUUAAAUGACUUCAGCCAAGCAUCGAAGUUAAGUUGAGUAGGCCUACCUCUUUCAUUCAGAUUUGAACAACUUCUGUAUCAGACUAAUUUCCAACAUCAAAUUGUAUUUUCAUCUUAUUUGAUCCGAAUUAUUUCUAUGGAUUGAUUUUUUUUGUUUUGUUUUGAUGCAGCAGGAACAAAAAUGAUUUUAAAUGUUCUCCAUGUUCAAAAAAAAAAAAAAAUAGCGAUUCAAGAAUUGAAUACUUUAUACUGAGCUGUAAGAUUCAUAAUACAGUUUUCCCUGUCAGAUUCAUUUUUUAAAACAUACAAAUACAAUUAAAUACAAGUACUGGUAACAUAUUAGUUGCCUAAUGUUAAAAAAUUUGCUAUUAAAAAUAAAUACAAGGAGUUCUUGAACUUCUGUUCUUGAUGUUAUCCAAUAUACAGUUUGUAUCAGAAUGUGGUCCCUCGUUGUUUUGCCAGCCCAAGACACUCGACCUCCACCUAACAUAAAAAUCGAAAAUGAAAACUUGGAGGUUGUGGACAGCUUCACCUACUUGGGGUCCAAGGUCUCCAAUACACUGUCCAUUGAAGAAGAAAUUAACAGGCAAGGCAGCUGCCACAAUGGCUAAAAUAAAUAAACGGGUCUGGCAAAACACCAAGCUAACGGAGAAAACCAAACUGUGCGUCUAUCGAGCUUGUGUCAUCAGUACACUACUAUACGGGAGCGAGACAUGGACCACCUAUACAUCCCAAGAGCGCAAGCUUAAUAGCUUCCAUAUGAGAUGCCUGCGUCGCAUCCUA